AUGAGGCAAUUCCCGAUAGGUCAGGUGUGGUGCCGAUCUGAGCGACUAUGGGGAAGUUUUAUCCACAACCAAUCGGACCGGCUGGUUGAAACCUGUACCUUUCAGGUGAUUUACGUUUGCACUCCAUCGGUCUAUCAUUUAGUCUCUGCCCAAAGCCUAUUGAUCCAACUGGCACUGGCGAAUAUGCCUUCUAAAGGGCUAAUGUUGAAACAAAACACCGCUCAGCACGAUUCUUCUGUUAUUCUACCUAUGCAUGCCAUCGAUUGGCAUUCCGGUCGCUCGUGA